UGGCUGCAUAGGUCAGUUUGUAUUUUCCCUAUUACAGCGAUGAGCACCAAGGUUACGACUGGAUUAAAGCCUGGGAUCGGUCGCCGCGGUAAUUCACUGUCAGCAAGUCGACUACGCGAGCAGUUGGCAGCGCGUAAUGGCCCUAGACACUCCGUGUAUUGGGUGCAACCGAAGAAGGGCGAGGUCAAGUUGCCAAGCUACACGAAUGUGAUGGAGGCCACGAACAUGGCUGCAUGUGCCAAGAAGAUCGAGUACACUCUGCUCGGCAAGUACACUGGCGACUGGAAAGAUGGCCAAAAACACGGCUACGGUGCUCUGCUGUACGCGAACGGGAACAAAUACGAAGGUGAGUGGGUUGAGAACAAACGCGAGGGUCGUGGGGUCUACUGGGUCGAGGAGAAGAAGAAAUUGCGCAAACAAUACGCUGGUGAGUGGUACAAUGACCACCGACAUGGUCGCGGCACCUUUUUCAACGAAGAUGGAGGUAAAUAUGAGGGCCAAUGGCUCAAUAACAAGCGUCAUGGUCAUGGCCGUAUGGUCCAUGGUGAUGAUCAAUCCGUGUACGACGGAGAGUGGGUGAAUAACGAGCGAUCUGGACGAGGAACGCUGAUUUUGGUAAAUGGCGAUCGCUAUGAAGGACAUUGGCUCAACGACAAAAAAGAAGGCCCAGGGCGAUACUUCUACAAGGCCACUCGCAAGAUGUACGAAGGCGAGUGGGUCGACGGAGCUCCCAAGUGUGGGACGUACCAUGACGACACCGAGUUUAACGACGACGAGCUUGGAGAUGACGAGAGUCACAACACGUUUCAACUCCCAGAGUUGGAGCUCGCACACCCCGAUCAAGUAUUGAGUGAAGGUGUCGCGUGUAUCCGUCAGGAACGCGUACGCGAACGAGCCUUUGACGCCGACGAAGAUGGACACAUUGAGAAUGCAGCCGAUACAAUGGCUACAACUCGCCGUAGCACCUUGACCGCGACAGAUCUCGAGCCUGGCGUCGUCGUCUUUGACGAGCAAAUGUUACGCUCGAUCCAGAGCGAGUUCGCUGCUCUACUAGCAGAGCAAAGCGCUGCACUGGCCGAGAGUCCCGACGCACAGACUGUUAAGACUCGAAGUGGCUGCAUCCCGUGCUCUCGCUUGUCUGGUCUCAUCGACGUGCUUCAACUCGAUGUAAGUGAGGAACAACUCACGGAAUUGUUACAAGAAAUCGGCGCAGCAAGUGACACUCUCGUAUCAUUCGCCGAGUGUGUCGACAUCCUGUCGUUGCUGAUGGAGAGCCAAGAUGCACCCAUUCUCGAAGAAGACGAAGACGACGAUAGUAAUUACUAAAAAAAAGUAGUACUCUGGUCGGCAAA